AAAUCCACGUAUAAUUUUUCCAUCGGAUGCAUGGGCGGUGUUGACAUCAAAAGUCCUUUUCUUCCUGUAUGAUCCGAUUUAAAUUUUGCACAUAAUAAACAUCUUUCUACUCUUUGCUUUAUAUCUGUUUACGCCGAUCGCCCUUUUGAACCCUUCUGGAGGUCUCCGGCCGGUCGGCGAGUUAGUUGUUGCCUAGAGCCAAAGCCGAGAACAUCGUUAUCGUACCUGCUUAUCUAAACUCGUGUUUUGCGCAAUUGAUGUUUCCUAAUUGCCCGGGUCCCUUAAGAGUUCGGUACCAUACGUCUGAAUCCGCCGGAGACUGUGGGGCCCUACCUAGUCGAAGAAAGAAGAGGACGACUGGGGCCGAACUGCUUGAACUCGUUGGGUCCACUUAGCGAACAUAAAAUUUGGUCCCACCGAACCGGAUAAAAUUGUGUAAAAAAGAGUGAAUAAGAGGGGACCGUGGAAGGGUCCGGACAUUUGCAAUUUCAGUACCUGAAUCUGCAGGCAGCCUUACGUCAUUCGUGAUCAUCACCUGGACCACUUGUGUCUUGCCGGUUCCGGGUGGGGGUUUCUGGAAGUCAAGGGAGCGAAGUGAGUGUAACCUUAUGUAUGUAUUACCUUCUACAGUGUUUAUAAACAACCAGUUACUAACGUACAAGAAUUACCAUUUGUUUAUUAUACAAUUUAUUUGCAUGCUUUGUUUAAAUUAACCACUAACGAAAGUGUUGGUUGAAGAAUUUCUUUGUGUUUUAAAUUUAACAAUCUUGAUAGCUUUACAAAGUUAACAUGUCUCCCAAAACGGAAAUAGAGUCAGAAUAUAAAACAUUAAUUUCCCAAAGAGAAAAGGUUUUUACAAGUGUGCAAUCAAUACUCAAUUAUUCCAAAUCCCUGUCAUGUGACAAGGUAAAAUCAUUUGUUCCGAGAUUGGAAAGAUUGAGUACAUUAGAAGAACGGUUUGAUGAUAUCCAGAAUAGAGUUAUCACAUUUAAUUCAAAAAUCGGGGAUCCUUCUUUUAUCAUUAAAGUAAAUGAAGUUCAAACCGCGUUUGAAGAUAUGGUCUUUGCGGCUAAGGCUGCUUACUUAGAAUAUGACAAAAAGGAAGAACCACAGGUUAAUGUAUCACAGAAUUCCGAGACCCCUGCUUGUGAUAACUUAGCGAAGUUGGAGAUAGCUCCCUUCUCUGGCCGAAUUGUCGAAUGGCCAGGAUUCUUGGGCCUGUUUGAAUCGUUAAUAGAUAGUAAUAAGCGUUUGACUAACGUUCAGAAAUUUCAGUACCUUCAGACAUUAGUGGUCGGGGAUGCACAGUCCGUUAUCUCUCCGUAUCACUUAUCUGAACAAAAUUACGCGUUAGCUUUAAAUGCUUUAAAAGAGCGUUAUCAAAAUAAACGAAGGUUAGCACAAAUGUAUAUAGAUAAUAUUUGUAACUUUGGUAAAAUGCCCAAUGGAAAUGCACAUAAUUUACAAAGAUUUCUGAAAGUUCAUACAACUUCGGUAAAUGCCUUCAAAGCGUUAGAAAUUUCUGAUCAAGCUGAUUAUUUGUUUUUACAUCUGGCGUUACAUAAUUUAGACCACAAAACCCGGAAGGCUUUUGAGAGUAAACACUCGUCAAAUUCAAUCCCGCUUUAUAAACAACUUGUAGAAUUUGUUACUGAAAUGUGUCGAACUAAUGAACUGUUAGAAUCAACCGUAAAAGAGCCUAUUAACAACCGCAAACCAAGCAUGGUCUUGUUUACCAAACCGGUUGAAACUAAAGACAAUGCGGGGUCUACUCGAGUCUCUGGCUCGAAUAAAAGUUUGCACUGCCCGUAUUGCAACAGCUCUCAUGCGGUGUCCAAAUGUACAGCCUUUCGUGCCCUCAGUGUUGAUAGUAAAUAUGANCCUUUUUAG